GGCUAACUAUUAAGCUUUCGUUUCGCUCGAUGUCUCGUCGAAGGGAAUAAGAAAUCGCGCCUCUUCGCACUUCACUGACACUUCGCGGCUUCAACUCGCAGGCUUUCUGAAAAACCUUUAAUCCAUGGCUAACAAUCCUUCGCAGCUACUGCCCUCAGAGUUAAUCGACCGAUGUAUAGGGUCUAAAAUAUGGGUCAUUAUGAAGGGCGACAAAGAGCUUGUUGGCACUCUUAAAGGAUUUGAUGUUUAUGUCAACAUGGUUCUUGAAGAUGUUACUGAAUAUGAGAUCACUGCUGAGGGGAGACGGAUAACAAAGUUGGAUCAGAUUCUACUCAAUGGGAACAACAUUGCUAUUCUCGUUCCCGGUGGAUCGCCGGACGCAGAAUAGGUGUGGAAUAUGAGUAGCAUAUUGUUUUGGUUGACAAACUUUGCACCAUUGUUAUGAGUAACAUUUAGUUUUCUUUCAAUGUAGAACGACGCAGGUGACAACUUUCAUGUAUUUGAUUCCUUCAUCUUCAUUGCUUCCUAUAGAAAUCUAUUGGCUCAAUUCUAAGUGCAUUUGAUUGUGUUUUAAUACA